AUGAGUUCCAAAACCACCGUGGACAUCCUGCGCCUUCACUCCGGCUAUUUCAGGAAGUAUCUGCCACCGCAGAAGACAGGCGACAAUCUUCAGAGAUUACACUGGGAUCAAACGGAACUUUUCGCUGCAGAACGCUUCUUGGACUUUGUCUAUAAAUUCGACUAUGGCCCUCGCGAAAUGUAUUCCAACCCGCCUGCGGCCGAUGCCACGAUGAGCGAUGCCGAGAUCCAUAUCGGCGUGUAUCGAUUGGCUCAGCAGUGGAUUGUUCCUCGCUUGAUGGGCAGGGCAAAGGCAAAGUUCGAUGCCUACCUCGGCACUCUUGCUGGCAAAGAAGAUAUGAGCGAGCUUCUUGAUCUCGUGCCAAUAUUGUAUGAGAGACAGGAUCAGCAGCCAGCGGUCAUAGAGCUUCAGAGAUCGCUGGUGGAGGCUUGGGCGGGAUUGGCUACCCAGCAGCUUGCAGCGCUGAGCAAAGACCGGUUGAAGAAUGUGUUUGCGAGGUUCUCGGAGUUCUCGAUCGAUGUGAUGAUGCUGCAGAGCCGCGCGGCUACGCCGAUGGCGCCGAGGAAGAGAAAAAGGAUGGAGCAGGAUCGCUCGUCUGAGUCUCGAGCUUCGCCGGACUCUUUAACGGCGAGUGACUGA